GGCAGCCAGGGACGGGUUAGCAGCACAAGGCCGACAGAGAAGAGAGAAAAGGCACUGCUUGUCGCUGCCACUGUAGAUUGAGCUGCAAGAUAGAUGAGGGUCCUGGCAGGAUGCGUCGCGAUGGUGCUCCUCGCCCUGCCGACCAGCAACGCCGCGCAGAAAGCUGGGACUGUCAAGUUGCCGGCGGGGAAGGGCAAGAAGAGCAAAGCGGCUGCAGAGAGUAAGGCGCUGCCGGAGCUGAGCACGAAGGAUAGCUUCGUGACCGGCCUCCUCUCCGGGGCCGUGGCGGGGACCACCGUGGACCUCGUCCUGUACCCGCUGGAUACGGUCAAGACGCGCCUGCAGGCGACGGCGGGGGCCAAGCUCUCCAUGAACACGUUCCGCGGGCUCUUCAACGGCGUCGCUCCCGCCAUCGCCGCCAGCGCUCCCUGCGCCGCCGCGUUCUUCGGCGCCUACGACUCCCUCAAGCGCGUGCUCACGGAGAAGCUGCCGGACGAGUACGCCUCCGUCGCGCACGCCGGGGCGGCGGCCGGCGCGGACCUCGCCCAGAGCGUCGUCCGAGUGCCCUUCGAGGUCAUCAAGCAGCGGGUGCAGGCAGGCGUGGACGCCUCCGGGAGAGCCGCCCUCGCCAGCGUCAUGAAGUCGCAGGGGCCCAGGGGCCUCUACCGGGGCUGGGGCGCACUGGCCCUGCGCGACCUUCCCUUCGACAUCAUCGAGUUCCCCCUCUACGAGUGGCUCAAGAGCGAGUGGACCAAGGUCAAGGGGGAGAAGCUGGCGCCCUGGCAGGGCUCCCUGUGCGGGUCGGUCGCGGGGGGCAUCGCCGCCGGGCUCACGACCCCGCUCGAUGUCGUCAAGACGCGGCUCAUGACCCAGAGCCCCGGGCAGUACGCCGGCAUCGGCGAGUGCUUGAGAUCAAUCCUGAAGGAGGAGGGUCCGGGGGCGCUGUUCGCCGGGUCGGUGCCGAGGAUGACGUCCAUCGCCUUCGGCGGCGCCAUCUUCUUCGGUGCGUACGAGACGGCCAAGUCGAUAAUCUCGGUCAAGAUGGAGGAGAGGGCCACCGCUGCUACAGCGGCGGCUGCGAGCGGGAAGAAGAAAUAGGGCUAGGAAAAGGCGGAUGUUCUAGGAGAUCGACAGGUUAGGUUUGAUCGCGGCGUCGGGCUUGCAUGCGGACGGCGGUAGAGCUACUGGCAAACACGGCAAGCCGCCCUUCUCUGUUGCUUCGCGUGAGGCGUUAUGACGGGAGAACUCGGAGGGUGGAGGGGGUGGAGUAGGGCGUUUCGGUUCCUCUGUUGUCGAUAGAUAAGCAACGCGCGUUCCUGCGAAUGAAUCAACAGCGCUGUGAGCUGGGCGGGUUGGCGCGGUUUCAAGGCUCUCGUACUGUAAGCAAGAACGUGUUCGCCUAUUGUAACGAGAAGAGGUGGUGUGCUGCCCUGUUGGUGAUAUCAGCCAGUGCGUGAUGUUUGAGAGGAUCAGGUUGCCUUCUUCUCAGCCAGCGUUGUGACCGAUUUUUGUUCUUCGGCGAAGGGCUAAUAAUGACGAAGAAGAGUGUGUGUGAGAUAGAGAGAUUCGUUCCGUAUGCAUAUGUUUGCAAGACGCGAUCUUAUUUCUAACAGCUUUGCUAAUAUCGACAGAUUUUGACGGCCGUUUUGGGGGGCCGUGCUGCGUUGUAAUCGCCUCAGCAAAAUAAGACCAGAGACCGGCACGAGUCGGGCGGCAUUGCGACGUAGGAACAACAGGUAGGUAGUGUGAAGGUUUAGUUGUUGUAGUUGUAAACCAUUUUAUGUUGCAGUCAUUUUUAAAACCUGCGGAGGUGCCUGCGUGUUGAAAUACAAGAGACCAACUCUUUAGAGAGGGAGAGAGAGAUGGAACGAGAGAUAUCGGAUUUUAGUAUCGGGGGAGUUUCCGCACUUCAACACCCCAUUUUUGUGCAGGUGGGCUCACAGUAGAGAGUGCUUCGACAGCCCUACAGCGCUACCCUGAGUAUAAAGUUGCCGUGUCUCUCUCUGCGUCAGCGCUUAUCCUCGGAGGCUCUCGACGAGCCCACUCAAUUGUGACGGUGUUCCAGGACAUCGUUGUUUGCUGUAUCACUUGGUCGCCAUGAUGGUUGGGAGUUUAUUUUUCGCGGAACUUAACGACGAAUAGUUCGACAGCUAGGUUGGACGUUUCCCGCUCCUGGGCCCAAUUUUGGCGUAUCACUCGCUUCGUGGU